CAUCGUCGAGAGAACAUCACUACGUAUUACAGCAAUUCGCGCGUACUCAUAACAAAUUUCCCGAACUGUUCAUUGAAAUACGCACUUUUAAACAUUAGCCUGUCUAAGCAUUUUAUAUUGCUCGUUAUAGUGUUGUGUUUGGCGGGACCGUUUCAAAACCUUUAUAUAAAAAGUGAGAAAAUGAGAGCGGUACUCGUGUUUAGCAACUGAAGUGAAGUGAAGUGUCCGUGCUGAGUUGAGGUGUGAGGCGAGGAUGCGGAAACGGCGUGUGUGACAACGAAUCGACUCGAAUGCGUCGAGGCAGCGUGUACAGUGUGAGCGAGGGCGUGGAGCGGUGCACUUGCACUAGGUAGCGCGGGUGCGGGCGCGGGUGCGGGUGCGAGUGCAGCCAUGGCGGGUUGAUGGAGGCGGGCUGGUGGUCGCCGUCACCGUCGGCUUCACCGCCGCCGCCGCCCCGCGCCCCGCCGCCGCGCUGCCGAUGUAGACCACUUUCCAACAGCUACAACUGCUUGCCGCACUAUGACGGGUGGCCGGACCUGGAAGAUGAGUCAACAGGCGGUGCUCUGCGGGAAAGAGAGCUGCGAUCUCUCCACCGCACCGUGCCCGCACUGCGUCGUCGUGAACUCGACACUCGUGCCAUCAAACACCACUUUUAUCCUGAAGGCGGAUGGGGCUGGAUCGUGUGUGGCGCUGCAUUUCUCGCGCAUUUGUUGUCAACUGGACUUCAGCUAGCCUAUGGCGCGCUCCACGUCUACGCACUUCGUCACCUCGGACCUGCUGCCGAUCAUGCAGUUUGGGCUGGUGCGAUAUGUGUGGGAGUGUCGCGAGCCGCCGGCGCCCUCGUGGCGGCGAGACGGAAGUCGCCCAGGCUUGCUGCGUUGGUCGGAGGGCUGCUAUUGCCUUUAGCCUGCCUCUUCACUUCCUUCGCUACACAGCUACAUCAAACUCUCUUAAGCUAUGGUGUAGUUCUAGGCGUAGGUUGCGGAUUAGUCCGCGAGGCGGCCGGUCUCGUGCUCGGCACGUACUUCAGGCGUCGACGUCAAUUUGUGGAGUUAGUGGCGCACGCUGGAGGUGGCGUGGGCAUCGCACUUUUUAGCGUCGCAUACAAGGAAGCUGUGGGGAAAUUAGGUUGGCGAUUAGGACUGCAAGCGGUGACUGGCGUGUUAGUAUUAGCCUUUUUUCUAAGUGCCGCCUACCGUAGCGCUUCACUCUAUCAUCCGCAACGACGAGCUAUCUUACACCUUAAAAACCAACGCCGAAAGGUUAAGGAAAAGAAAGGCCUAAAAUCGCCCCCUUUCAUUGAUUUAAGCCCCCUUCAUUCCCGAUCCGCUAAAGUACUUUUACUAUCAGCCGGACUAGCAGCAUUUGGACUUUAUACUCCUGUAUUUUAUUUAGCCUUGCAAGGAUUCCAGGAAGGUUUAGAAGAAAGUGCAUUAGUUUUGCUUCAAACAUUUCUUGGAUUUGCUGCCGUGCUAGGUUGUGCAGGUUUUGGGCUCGUGCUAGUUCGACCAUCAGCCCAGUGUCUUGUAUCAAAGCAAUACUUAUGUCAAACGGCAAUGUUAGGAAUAGGAAUUUCAAUGCUCGCAUUAAGUAGCGUCGAGGGCUAUCAUGGAUACGUACUGUUCGCAUGGAUGUACGGCUUAUGUUUAGGAGGAUUUCUCUACUCGAUGAAGAUGCUCACGAUGGAGCGAGUUCGGGGAAGACAUUUCACAAAAGUUUGGAGUUUCGUCCAAGGAGCCGAAGCAAUUCCUGUAAUUGUCGGCGUACCAAUGACUGGUUAUAUCAAUCAACAAGCGCCGAGAGCAGGUUUUUACUUCUCUACAGCUGCAACUUUAGCUGGGGCUCUCCUAUUAUUCUUUGUAGGUUUCUCAAAACGGGAUCCGGAACCUCCUCCACCAGUUCCAGCUCCAACGAUAUCAGAAGCUUGCUUGUGUAUGACGCCCCCUUCAAGAUGUGAACCAGCCUGGUGUGCGUGCAGCGCUGGAGGAGCGACUGCUUACUGCAGAUGGCCGGGACCGACUUGCUCAUCCCGUCUGCCGAAGUCUCUUUCAUACGCCGCACCACUUAACCGCACUUGUUGUACACCACAUUAUCCUGAAUGCUGUCGUCGUGCAGCACUAUUGCGACCGUCGCGCAGCGUGCCCGAAGGUCUCGCUCGACGUGGAAGCACGUUCAGUCGUUCUGGAUCCUGCAAGGCGCCUUGCCACCGUCGUGAACAUCAUCUUAUAGAACAGAUCACUACAUCUGUAUGAUACAUCAACUUCGUUUAAUACAUUUUUUGAGUGAUAUCUUUAACUAUUAUUUAUUGUAAGAGUGAAAUAACAAUAGAUAUUAUUGUAUAAAAUAAUGAAUUGUAAAUAUUUUUGUCAGUAGUUAUUUGUAAUUAAAGUCAAUGUGAUAGAUCGGUAAAGCAAUAACAAGUAAUAUUGCGAGAGUCCCAACCAACAAGUAAAUACAAGAAAACCUACCCUAUUCUUGCAGACAUAUUUAUUUUGGGACAUAACUUUUAAAAAAUAUCGUGAGCUUCUUCCUUUUGAUUUACGUAAAAAUAUAUUUGAUUUUAUGUUUUAUUUGCAACGUUCUUACCUUUCUUAAAAUGUUAAUUAUUUAAGUUAAAAAACUCCUUUUAAAAA